GGUGGGCUGACCUGUGUGGUUCCCCAUCGGACUUCAUCAAGUCACUUUUUCCCACCACCUUCGAUGAACAAUGGAGCAUACUGAUGCACAGAAGAGCAGCUCUCUGAUAUUGGUGCUGAUGGUUGCUUCUGCAGCCAUUGGAGGAACCCUUCAGUAUGGCUACAACCUUGCAAUAAUGAACUCUCCCACAACUUUUAUUCAAACCUUUAUCAAUGAGACAUUCCUGGAGCGCUGGGACAUGCAAUUGCAGGACUACCAGGUGACUCUGGUCUGGACAAUUAUUGUCUCCAUCUUCUCGUUGGGGGGCUUGGCAGGGGCUCUUAUAGCAGGACCUAUGACCAUACGCUUCGGAAGGAAGAAAUGCCUGUUAUUGAACAACAUUUUCCUCAUGAGUGGCGCGCUCUUUGCUGUGACAAGUAGAGCUGCCAAGUCUUUUGAGAUGAUCAUCAUCUCACGUGUCCUGGUUGGAAUAAACGCUGGGGUCAGCAUGAAUGUGCAGCCCAUGUAUUUUGGAGAAAGUGCACCAAAGCACUUAAGAGGGGCUAUCUCUUUGUCAUCAGCUGUUUUCACAGCAUUCGGGGUAGUGUUAGGACAGAUUGUCGGUCUCAGAGAGAUUUUGGGCAGUGAGUGGUGUUGGCAGUAUCUUCUUGCCAGCAAUGCCAUUCCUGGCUUCAUUCAGCUCCUGACCCUGCCGUGGUUCCCAGAGAGUCCCAGAUACCUGCUCAUCGACAGGGGCGACAAGGAGGCUUGUAUUAACGCUUUGAGGCGGCUGCGGGGCUGUGAGGUCCAGAGCAGCGAGCUUGAUGAGAUCCUGGAGGAACAAGCUGAAACCAAAGGCAUGAGACCCGCUCGACCGUGGGACCUCUUCACUGAUCGCUCAGUGCGCUGGCAGCUCAUCACUGUCAUGAUCAUCAGCAGUGCCAUGCAGCUCUGUGGCAACGACUCGAUUUACUUCUAUGCAACAUAUGUAUUCAAAGAGGCUGGGGUAUCUGCUGAAAAAGUCCAGUAUAUCACAAUUGGCACUGGGACAUGUGAAUUCACAGCCUGUAUACUGUGUAACCUGCUGAUAGAGCGCAAAGGCCGGAGGUUCAUGCUGAUGGGAGGAUUCAUUCUCAUGACCAUCUGGGCUGUUGUUUUCACAAUUGCUCUGUCGUUUCAGAACCAUGUAUCCUGGAUGUCGUAUCUGAGCAUGGCCUGCAUCUUCACCUACAUUCUCAGCUUUGGCAUGGGACCAGCCGGAGUGACUGGUGUCCUGCCCACAGAGAUUUUCAAUCAGACUGCUCGUCCAGCAGCCUACAUGAUCGCUGGCUCCAUGAUGUGGAUCAACCUUUUCAUCACUGGAAUGCUCUUCCCGUUUUUAGUGAGUGAACUGAGCGAGUUCUGCUUUGUGCCUUUCGGUGCGGUCUGCCUGCUGUCUGCUCUGUACAUUGGCCUGUUUCUGCCCGAGACCAAAGGGAAAUCUCUGCAGGCCAUAACGAGUGAAUUCCACAAGCUCAAUUUCAAAGGCCAGAGCAAACAGUGUGAAUCACAAUCUCAAGCACAGUAUCAGUUGGGUGAAGUAAGUCACUCAACGGCCUUGUAGACGGAUGUAUCACCUGAUACGCACAGCCACCACUGUAAAACUCCCUUUGGCCUGCUCGAGCUGGAAGAAGUCCUACACAGUCUGCACAGGAACCGGGGGGGAAAUAUUCACUUUCAUAUGACUGAAAGCGACUUACAUCUACUGUAACUCCUUUAUCUGGAGUGUGAUGUCUUUGAAGAGAAUUUAAAGGAAUUAUUUUUGGUGUCUUCAUAUGUAAACACACAGUUUUGCCACAGUAACUUAAAGGACUGUUUAUUUGGGUAUUUGUGACAGACCACAAAUCAUCAGCUACAAAGACAGUGCAUACAAAAAAAACCCUCUGAAAACACAUUUAUUUAUAGGUAAAGAAUCAGCCUCAGAAACAGCAAUGAAUUUCACUGUUUUUCCUUGUUUAAUGGGACAAAGAAAAGAGUUGUCAUCCAUGGUAACAGUAGAUUUUUACAUUUUUUAACGACUGUGGCAAACUAUGUCUGCUCAUGUGUGAGGUGAGACCUCAUUUACUGUCUUCAGAAGCAAACAAUAAACUUGUACUUUAUCAAACAUGAUGUUUGUAUCAGCGUGCAGACGUCAUUCAUGAAAAGAUAACUGCUUUUUAGUAAUUAUGAAAUCUGUUUUACACGAGUGGAAUGUGUGCAGUUGUUUAUGCUGAAUAUUGGCAGUAUUCGUUUUUGUUUUAAUGAUCUAAAUCUGAGCCAAUAAAAUCAUCUGAUAUUAACAUAGCUUAUCAUAUUUCACUUUACAAUGAGAUCAUGAAAACGCACAUUUUAAACAUAAAAGUCAAAAAGCAUUGAUGAAUAAACUGGACAAGCUGCUAAAAGCUAAGAAAUAAGCCUCUAACCCCAAAAGGACAACUCAAGACCAACAAAGAAAAUGGAACAGAGGUGCACUGUAACACAAAACUCAUAAAUACAUAAA